GGCGCCCGCCAGGCCAGCGGGACGCAGUGAGGCUGCCUUUGCACCAUGAUGCCCCGGUUGCUCUGCCUGCUGCUGCUGCUCCUGGCUGGGUCCCCCACUGCACGGCCGGCUCCCCCGACCUGCUACUCCAGGAUGCUGAGCCUGAGCCGGGAGGUCACCGGUGACUUCCAGAACCUGCAGGCCACAGAGCCCUCGGAGCCGUGUGUGAGAUACUUGCCCAGGCUCUACCUGGAUAUACAUAAUCACUGUGUGCUGGCCAAGCUGCGGGACUUUGUGGCGUCACCCCAGUGUUGGAAGGUGGCUCAGGUGGACGGCUUGAAGGACAAAGUGCGGAAACUGUACACCAUCAUGAACUCGUUUUGUAGGAGAGAUUUGGUGUUCCUCUCGGAUGACUGCAAUGCAUUGGAAUACCCAAUCCCAGUGACCACCAUCCUGCCAGACCGUCAGAGAUAGGGCAUCUGGACCAGAGAGAGAGCCCCAGGGGACCACAGUUAUGUCACUUGCCCAGAGGCGGUGGGCUAAAGCCACGCCCCCCACCAGGCCUCCCUGUUACUAUAGCAUCAGAAACUGUCACAUCUCUCCCCUUCCGGAGAGCAGGGCUUGCACUCUUCCCCUAGAACCUACUUUGAAGGCAAUUAGAAGGUUUGUUUUCAUUUCCCCCUGGUAUUGUCUUGCCAGGAUGGUUAGGUACACAAGGACGCUUAUUAGAUCACUGAGAAGAAAAAGCCAAACCCGCUUCUCUGGUAUGAACAUCUAGUUUGAGAGCAAGCAAAACAGUAGGCUUGUAUUAGUGCUUUAAUGGAGUACUGGUAACAUUUUUCUUUCUUGAUAGGAAUCUGCUUAUAUUUAGCCAGGCUUCUAUUUCAUACCCUCUCCCACUACAAACUUUCCGUGCAGUUACCUUUCAUUUUUAAAGCAAUUUCACUGCUAAAUAUAAAUUGUAUUUGUGGGGUUCAUAGUUAUAUAAUGCUGAAGGGAACCACUCUUUCGUUGAAAGGUGAUAAAAGUUAAAUAAAGACUGUCUCCACAGUAAGAAA